AUGCAGCUUGGUAGUGUCGAGGAGGCAUGGUUCGAUUCUGCUGCUAUCCUUGAUUCGGAUUGGAGUGAUGAAGAUUACCAAAGUAUUCCCGAUGAUGUUCUCUCUCUAAGCGGCUCUGCCUCCGAAGAGCACACUGAACCUUUGAGUGCCGUAGCCUCUGCACGCAAUUCCACUCACGCAAAAGGCAUUUUUCCUCAUAACAACUCGCUUAUCGGGCCAAAGCCCGUUUACGCUGAUGAGAUCUUGGGCUCGGGCCCACACGGAGAAGCAUCAACACAUGAUGACGAUAGCUUAUUGGAAAAUUGUGGAAUUAUCCCGAGCAAUUGCUUGCCUUGCCUUGCUUUGGCUGUUAAUAACGGUGGUGCGGUCGAAAAGAGACGGUCUUUUAGCUCGAGCCCGACAAAUGUGAGGAAAAAAGCGGCCUCGAAAAUACCAUUUAAAUGGAAGGAGGGGCACCCCACGUCCGCCUUACUUUCUUCGAAGAAGUUUCUACAAAGGCCAAUAGCAGGGUCACAAGUUCCCUUUUGUCCCUUAGGUAAAAGAGUUCCCGACAGUUGGUCAGCAAUCGAGCCAGGGACUUUCCGAGUCAGAGGAGUUAGUUAUUUCAGGGAUAAGAAAAAAGAGCUUUCUCCGAAUUGUGCUGCGUAUUAUCCAUUCGGUCUCGACGUGUUUUUAUCUCAGAGAAAGUUAAAUCACAUUGCUCGAUUUAUUGAACUUCCCUUUGUAAAUUCUUCUGGGAAGCUUCCACCUAUCCUCGUCGUAAAUGUUCAGAUACCAUUGUAUCCUGCUGCAAUUUUUCAAGGUGAAACAGAUGGUGAAGGAAUCAGCUUUGUUUUAUAUUUUAAACUUUCUGAAAGCUUUGCCAAAGACCUUCCACCCCAUUUUCAAGAUAAUAUUCGGAGGUUAAUUGACGAUGAAGUAGAAAAGGUCAAAGGCUUUCGCUCGGAAACAAUUGUUCCCUUCCGAGAAAGAUUGAAAAUAUUGGGCCGUGUGGCGAAUGUGGAAGACCUUCCGAUGAGUGGGGCCGAACGAAAGCUCAUGCACGCAUACAAUGAAAAGCCCGUUCUUUCGCGCCCUCAGCACGAAUUUUAUUCUGGCGAGAAUUAUUUCGAAAUCGACUUGGACAUGCACAGGUUCAGCUACAUUUCGAGAAAGGGGUUCGAAACAUUCCUGGACAGACUUAAGCUGUGUGUUCUGGAUUUCGGAUUAACGAUUCAGGGCAAUAGGGCUGAAGAGUUGCCAGAGCACCUUUUGUGUUGUGUAAGGUUGAAUGAAAUUGAUUAUUCAAACUAUCAUCAGCUUGGGGUUUAUGAUGAGAAUCUUGAAUAA